CGAGCCAGCCGGGGGGCGUCGAAAAUGAUGUCCUUCAGAAAAAGAAAAUAUCUAUGGAAGAUAAUAAUAGUCUCCAUCGUAUAAUACAAUUUUUUACAACUAAGCCCGCCUCUCUCCUUUUUCCUUUCGCGCAGAGUCAAAAUUUUAGUGUAUUUAAUACUCGUCUCAGCUUCUAAAUUCAGAAACCAUUUUUGGACUCUCCGUUUUCCUCCAUUUAUUUCGCCGUUAUUCUCUCCGUUUUUCACUGUAAACAAAUACACGUUGCUUCGCCUCAUAGAAGUUCUUUACCCACGUUUCGAAAAUGCAGUGCAGUGAGCAGCCGAUGGACUUGAGUGAAUUUUUCACGACAGACGUUCCGGCCCUCUGUGAGACGGAGGGUCGAAGCAUGAGCCAACAGGCCAUGCAGUCGCUCUACGAGCUCCGCCAACAGAAUCAACUGUGCGACGCAACGCUUCGCCUCGAAAAUGGACAGAUUUUCCCCGUGCACCGCAAUAUCAUGUCCGCUUGCAGCGGUUACUUCCGGGCUCUGUUCACAACAUCGCUACACACGACAGAAACGCGGGACGUGAUCCUACACGGUGUCUCAGCGGAAGUACUCAAGAUACUCAUCGAGUACGCCUACCUGCGCAAGGUGGACAUCAACGAGACUAACGUGAGCCAGCUCUUCGCUACGGCCGACUACCUGGCCGUUCACGGAGUCCGCAACCUCUGUUGCUCCUUCCUCAUGCGCCAUAUGCGACCCGAGAACUGCAUCGGAAUCAAACAGUUUGCCAAAGAUCAUUUCUGCAAGAACCUGGAGACAGCGGCGCACCGUUUCGUGAUGCGGAACUUCGUGGCGAUGGCGCAGCAGAGCGAGGAGCUGUUGUACGUCUCGUUGGAGGAGCUGCGGGCCAUCAUCGGGGCCGACGAGCUCAACGUCAAGAGCGAGGAAGCCGUUUGGGAGUGCGUCCUCCGCUGGAUAAACCACGACGCCCAGAAACGCAAGAAUUUCAUCGUCCCGCUUCUCAAGAACAUCCGCCUUGGCCUCCUCGACACCCAAUUCUUCCUCGAAAACGUGAAAGACCAUCCUUACGUGACGGGGAACGAUCAGUGCAGGCCGGUGAUCAUCGAGACGUUGAAGUUCCUGUACGACCUGGAGAUGAUCACGCAGAAAGACGGCGAGGUGCCCACGCCGGAGAUCGCGCGACCCCGGGUGCCCCACGAAAUCCUCUUCGCCAUCGGCGGCUGGAGCGGGGGCAGCCCCACCAAUUUCAUCGAGACCUACGACACCAGAGCCGACCGAUGGGUUAAAGUAGACAAAGUUGACCCUACCGGACCCCGCGCUUAUCACGGCACAGCAGUAGUCGGCUACAACAUCUACGUCAUCGGCGGCUUCGACGGGAUGGAUUACUUCAACUCUUGCCGCUGCUUCAACGCUGUCACCAAGACGUGGAAGGAAGUUGCUCCUAUGAAUGCUCGCAGAUGUUACGUAAGUGUAGCGGUUCUUAAUGACAUGGUCUACGCGAUGGGUGGGUAUGAUGGACACCAUCGACAGAAUACAGCUGAGAAAUACAACUAUCGUACGAAUCAGUGGUCUCUCAUUGCUCCAAUGAAUGUUCAAAGAAGCGAUGCCAGCGCUACAACCCUUGAUGAGAAAAUAUACAUAACGGGAGGUUUUAACGGUCAAGAAUGUAUGCAUUCAGCUGAGGUAUAUGACCCAGAGGAGAAUUUCUGGACGUUGAUCACUCCAAUGAGAUCGCGUCGAAGUGGAGUCUCUUGUAUAGCCUAUCACGGCUGCGUCUACGUUAUCGGUGGUUUCAACGGUAUAUCUAGAAUGUGCAGCGGGGAAAAAUUCAACCCUCAGACAAACAGUUGGACGCCGAUCCCAGACAUGUACAAUCCGCGUAGUAACUUUGCGAUUGAAGUAAUCGACGAUAUGAUAUUCGCUAUUGGUGGUUUCAACGGUGUGACAACCAUCUACCACGUCGAAUGCUUUGAUGAGAAAACCAACGAAUGGUACGAGGCGACAGACAUGAACAUCUACCGCUCAGCGCUCUCGGCGUGCGUGAUCAUGGGCCUGCCGAACGUGUACGACUACAUCCACAAGCACAGGGAGCGGCUCAUGGAGGAAAAGCGACAGAAACUCCUGGCGUUACAGGAUCAGCGUGGCCAGGGCGGCGCGGCCAAUGCCAACCAGGCACCCGGCGCCCACGCUAAUGCCGCCAGUAACGCCAGCGUCGCGGCGCCCGCUAACGCUCAGAAUGCCCAGAACAACCUCGCAGCCGCCUUCCAACUCGGCGCCAACAACGAGGACGAACUCAUGGAGAUGGCCGAAUGACCGGUA